UGAAAUGACGAAAAUUGUCCCAACUCACGACCCGUAUUUGAGAUCACGGAAGUGCGAUUGUUUACGGAAUCAAGAGGAAAUGCGUUUGCUCAAAAGGAAAAAAAAAUAUUUUCACGUUAGAUUACAGCGAAACUAUUGAAUUGUUUUUGAAAUAACAAACUCAUCUUCCACAAAGCAUAGACUUUAUGCAUAGUGAAUAUGGUUAUUUUAGGUCUCAGAUAAUAGCGUUUCUAUUUAGAAUCUGAAACUCGACAUCAAAAAUAGUGCAGCAAGCUAACGUUAGUUAGCUAAGGCUGGCAUUACAAGCGACUCUGCGGUUUGUUUAACGUGAGUUCUGGUAUGACUGUUGUCUGAGUGGUAACUAAACAGCAAACGUGGACCAACAAAUAUCCCUCUGCAGCCUAUUUAAGUACACUGAAAGUCGAGAAAGCGAAACUGACUACCGUUAAUUUAGUUUACAGAGACAAACGUCAGCUUGCCCACAAGCUGUGAGUCCAGCCAGACGAAAGCUGCCUUCUCUUCAGUUUACUGAAAAUAAGACUAAGUCCAGAGGUAUCACACAUUAUUGGCAUCAUGGCCGAGACUAUCGUAACGUUUCAGUCCCAACUUUCUGGUGUCAUGGAAACGGUAUUCAAGGCUGCCAUGUAUGAGAUCACCCGGCUAGUGGAGGACAGUUUUAUGGAGGAGGUAACGCGGUGCAGGGAGCAGGUCGAGUCCCUGAAGAGGCGGCUGAAGUGGUCGGAGAGCCGCCGCAAAGAAAGAGAGGGAGACAGGAGGGGGAGAUGUGUGGACUGCGGAGGAGUCGGGGUGUCCAGUGAGGAGAAACUAAAAGCGAUACAAACAGAGAGAAGUCUGAAACAAGAGAGUGUGCUGCAAGAAGAUAUAAACAGCUCCCAGGGUCCUGAUGGAGAGACACCCAGUCAUGACGUGGAGGCCCACAGUGCCAUGAAGGCACCACAGUCCCAAGGUGUGCAAGGUGAAAAGUUAGAUAGACUGCUCAAGGAGGAAGCUCUUCGCAUCACGCCAGAAACUAAUGAGUCCCAGGAGAGAUGGGGAGUCAAUUUGGAAGAAACAGAGACAUCAGGCCUGCCGGGGCCCAGCAAACAAUUCAGUGACCAGAAGAUCCCAAAGUGUCAUGUAAACUGGGAAGCUGGCUUUGACCAGAGGCCAGAAUCAGGCCAAGAUGUCAACUCAGGUGACCCCUCUGAGCCUCUUUUCCAGAACAGGUAUGGCAUGGAAGACUUGGGUGGCUUUGACAAGACAGGCUAUGGAGACGGCAGUAUGAUAGACAUGGCUAACUUGGAUGACUUACAAGGAUCACCAUCCCGCCUUGGCGAAGAUCUGAGUUACAUGGGCCACUAUGAGGGGGAUGUAGAAGCACCCGAGGGGGCAGAGGAUCAAGCUUUCCAAACAGGUGCCUCAAGAAAUAGAAGGGGCACUGUAGGGUCACGUCCAGGUUCACCCUCAAGGACUAACCUUGAUGUAACUGGAGAGUUCAGCUGUUUAUUGAUCAAUGAAGAAGGGUAUCUGCAGGACCCUAGCAUCUUGUACCCGGCACAUGUGUCUGGUGAUUCAGGUGGCAGAUUGAGCUUCCGGGGCCAGGGUAUUCGCAUGGACCCAUCUUUAGACAGCACAGGGGAUAUGUAUGGACCCUCAGAUACAUACACUGAUACUUUAAACUUGGGAGAGAGAUUGCAGCAUCAGACGGCAGGAAGAGGAGGGAGGAGACAUACCUGUAACCAGUGCUCCAUGUCCUUCCCUGAUUCUGCCUCCCUCAAGGCCCACAAGCAGACACACAAAGGCACAGGGCAAGGGCCACUAUACUCCUGCAACCAGUGUGGAAAGACCUUCACUCAAGCCUGUAACCUCAAAGUCCACCAGAGAAUUCACUCUGGGCAGGGGCUCCACCUCUGUAGCCAUUGCGGUAAAGGUUUCCCUUCAUUUUCUGACCUAAAGGGUCACAAGUGCGGCCAAACGGGUGACAAACCUUACUGUUGCACCGUAUGCGGGAACAAGUUCAGCCGUCUCUGGAAUCUGAAGUUGCAUCGGAGAAUUCACACACAGGAAAAACCUCACCGGUGCACCAUGUGUGAUAAGAGCUUCACACGGGCGGACAUAUUGAAGGUUCACCAGCGUACCCACACAGGGGAAAGACCAUACUGCUGCACUGUAUGUGGCCUUAGCUUCAAACGCCUGGAUCAUCUGAAAUCACAUCAACGCAAACAUAUGACAGAUCUAUAAAACUAUGGCAGUUAAAGGAAAGAGUACCAGAGAUUUUAAGAUUGUUUGUGUUAUUACGAGGUUUAAAAAUGUGAGCCAUGGAUUUUUUUCAUUAAGAUCCCAGCAACCCAAAGUUAUGUUUUCUGGUCAGAUUUUUUGUUUUUUACUUCACCUCAGUUCCAAGCCCUCUGUUUUCUAUUCAAGAACUUUUUGUUUGUAUAAAAAUGUAAGACAAAGAUGACGUUAAAUAAUGAAUUUCUCGUGUUUGAUAAAAUAAGUCUUAUUUGUACCCUUGAUUCCAUUUGCAUUUCAUGCUGCAUAUUUAGUCACUGAAACAAUUACUCACUUUAAGCAAAAUUGAAAAAAUCUGAGUAACACUAUCCUUGUGAUUACAUAACAGAUUGACAAUAAAACUAAAAAUGAGUUAAUGCUGGAUUAUUUUUCUCAAUCUUUAAUGGGGGACUCUACCGUGUCUGUAAAUAUUGUCUAUACAUAAAACAAUUGAGGCCAAAGUCAUGCGUUUAAAUCCCUUUUCUGCUGCAAGCUGUUCUUGUGACGGAGAGGGGAGAUGGAAAAAUAUUUUAUCAAGAAACUUACUUGAGAAUACUUGACUUUUCACUUUUUUUUUUCUUUGAAUAAACUUUAUGAGAAAAUUAAA